CCAGCGUCCAGAGCUCGUCCGGCAAACCCGAAGGGCGACUGUUUGGCACAAGGGCUUUUCAAGGCUAGCCUACGACGGGAUGCGGGCGUCAUGUCAUCCCUAACUUAUUGAUCUUCUUUCCGAGGCAGUCCGCUCAUUCCUCGACCGUACGGCCAUGUCUGGCUACGCUCCUAUCGCUGCAGACGAAGACGACUCUGAGAAGCUCUUGCAUCAGGACGCCCCGGCGCAAGAGUGGUCUUCCACGCUGAAGGCAAGCUCGGGCGAGCGCGCGUUCCGCAGGUGGUGGCCGUGGGCUGCGCAUGCCGUCUUGCUAUCUGUCUCCCUCACCAUCCUGUUCACGGCGUGGCGCACGGAGGACGCUCGAUGCGCUAGGAAGCUGUCUACAUAUUCACCUGCACUCGAGGCAGUCGAGUACAAGGACAUAGUCUUUGACGGCGUCCUAGACUCCCCGAGUGAAUACCGCGGCCCGCCGAGCACAGCGAUUGAUAACGCUUGGAACCGGAUCCAAUUGAACACGUCUACCUUCAUCCACCCCAUUCGCAUCCAAGAGUCCGACCUCGCAAAGUUCGGCCAGACCAAGCGUCCAAGCCUAGCAUACUACCAGGAGGAAGACGGCGGUGGCAUCUACGCCAGCAUCGAGGUUGGCCAUCAGCUUCACUGCCUGGACAUGCUCCGGCAGAACAGCUACGUCGACCACUACGGUUCUAGCGACGAGAACUACGUCAAACGGCCCGAAUUCUACCGGAUCCACAUCGAUCACUGCAUCGAGAUGAUCCGGCAGGUGCUCAUGUGCAACUCGGACGUCGGGCUGCUCACUUUCGACUGGGUCGCGGGCUUCGACGUGCCCUUCCCGAACUUCAGCACGCAGCACAAGUGCCGCGACUUCGAGCGGGUGUACGACUGGUACGAGCGCAACAUGAUCGACCUCCCGAUGGAGCGGAUGGUCCGCGUAGGCGGCGUGGUGGAUAUGAGCCCGGAGGAGGCGGGCGUGAGCGCGAUACACUUGAGGGAUCAGUAGUAGUGGCGGCGCUUGCGCGUGGAGGACA